AUGGCGGGAAAGACAAACCCAGCUGAUGUAAUCUCACGAUUGCCACUGGACAACCAGCUGUUUCGUGAAUGGAACACUGCCGAGGAAUACAUUAAUUGCAUCACAAUACAUGCUGUUCCAAAAGCACUCACCCUUGAAGAAAUUGCCAGUGCAACUCAGGGAGAUUCGAUCCCGCAACAAGUGAAAUGCUGUUUGAAUGGUGCUAAGUGGCCAGACACGCCAGAACUCAAACCCUAUACGCGGGUUAAAGAUGAACUGUGUGUGAGCUAUGGAGUCAUUCUGCAAGGUUCUUGGAAUGUCAUGCCGAGUGCUCUUUGGCAGGCAACCCUUUCUAAUGCACACGAGGGGCACCAAGGGAUCGUGCGGACCAAACAAAUGGUCAGAGAAAAAGUAUGGUGGCCAGGUAUUGUGAACCAAGUGGAAACAAUGGUCAAGGCUUGCCUAUCCUGCCAGUCUGUUGCAGACAAGCCUACAGCAAAGCCACUUCGACCAACAGAGAUACCUGCCAAACCAUGGCAAGAGGUGCACAUAGACCUCUGUGGACCCUUUCCUUCUGGAGAAAGCUUGCUAGUCUGUGAAGAUGCAGUACACACUAGCCCGAAGUAG